AUGCCGUCUGGUUCGCCUGCACCUCAGAUCUUGUCCCCGAAACCAGCACAGACACCGACACCACCGACGCCAUCAGGUCCCCCGACGCCGUCGGGGCCUCCAUUCCCGCAGGCGACGCCGGGCGUGCCAAGUGGCGGCGUUGGCCCUACGAACGGGAACCACUUUGUACCGAUUGCUGCAACCCCAACCGCACAGACACCGGCAGGCGGCGCUAUGGGCCCACCUUCGAAACCACCGACAAAGGAAUACCAGUACGACGUCGACGACUCGCUGGCCGGCACCGGUAUCGAUCUCCGACAAGAAGAGCAGUUUCAGGCCGACUAUUUUGCGGGCACGUUCCGGCCCGAGGCACGGACGGGGUUCCCUGCAAAUACACCGGGACCGCGAGGCUCGUUUUAUGGCUCUCUGUCUGCAAACCAGCCGGCCGAGACGGUUGACGAAGCAAAUCAGCGGAUAUUUGAGGUGGAAGCUGCAAAGCACGCAUGGACCGACGCAGCGCGGGCUUUGGCGUCGUCGCGGAGCAAUGCGCUGCAGAACCGGUUCCUUGAUUUCGGCGCUGUGUUCUUGCGGGCCGAGAAGAUUGCCAACGAGUACGGCAUUGGUGUGGUUAUGGAUCCCAAAGUGCCACCGGUGACGACCGGACGGGCGCGGCAGGAGGCCGAGUUUCCCAAGCCAUAUGUGACGGUCAAUACCAAAAAGGGGCCGGACGGCGUGUCGCUUAUCUCGACAACGGCGGCGUUUAUUCCGGAGGAUACGUUCCUUGCAGACCAGCUGGCGCUGCUGUCUCUUGCCGCCAAGCACCGGAUUCGGGAGCUGCUGGAGGAUGCGAACAAGGUGGCAGAAACGCGCCAGACCACGUCCCACGGCGUUGUUCCGGACGAGUGGCUGGAGGCCGCGGCACCUCUUCCGUCGGCUACCGCUGCGGCAGAAGCCGCAGUCGCCUCCAAGGAUGGCGACGCGAUCAUGACUGACGCGGACAAGAGCUCCUUGAAGCGCACUCUCGAAGUGGACGACAAGACGGACCUGGGCGGUGUCGCGAAAAAGAUUGCCGCUGGCAAUACCCUCAUCCAGAGUUUGCGCAUCGUUAGCAAGGCCGAGCGUAGCUUCGAGGAGCAGCGGCUGCUUAAACGUCAGAAGCGCGAGGGUAAGAAAACCGACUCGGCCGCGCCAUCUACGCCGACCGCGAACCGCACAGCCACGCCUGGAACGCCAGGGUCUGUUGCUCCGGAGCCCGACAAAGCGCCGACGAAGAAGGAGCUUAAGAAGAACGCAGCUGCCAAGGUCGCCGAGCAAAACGACACACUCAGUGCCAACCGCACAAGUAUGGCCUUCUUGGGCGGCCGCAAGAAGCAGUACUCGUGGCUGUCCGGCGGUGCUGGCGCAUCACCCAAGCGUGGUCUAGGCGGCGGCGGCGGCGGCGGCGGCGGCGCAGGAGGUGCAGGGGGCUCUAGCGGCGCUGGAGGCAGCGGUGCCAACACGCCUGGCCGGAAGUCUAGUGAGCCCACUAUGUUGACUGCGGAAGCGAGAACAAAAUGGGGCUCGUGGCGCGAGGACGGCAUCAAGGGCAAAGACAUCCAACUGCGCGACUUGGUGGUCGUCCUCGAGGCGGAUGGCCGGGAGGUGGCGGCACUGCAGACGGCAUACGACAAGCUGGACGGCUUUCCUCUGCCGCCGCCGAAGCCAGCACCAUGA